CAGUUAACACAAAAACUUCAAAAUGUUGUAUUUAGAAGAUUAUUUAGAAAUGAUUGAGAAUCUUCCAAUGGAAAUGAGAGAAAAAUUAACAGAAAUGAGAGAAAUGGAUCUGCAAGUUCAAAAUGCUCUGGACAGUUUAGAUGAGCGUGUGAAGUCAUUUUUCAAGAAAUGUAUUCAAACAAAUGUCAAAUCUGAAUCAAAGGAAGAAGAAUUCGAGAAAAUUAAACAAGAUUAUUACAAAUCAUUAGAAGAUGCAGAUGAAAAGGUUCAGUUAGCAAACCACAUUCAUGAUUUGGUUGAUAGACAUUUGCGUAAGUUAGAUCAAGAAUUAUCAAAGUUUAAAAUGGAAUUAGAAGCAGACAAUAUGGGUAUUACUGAAGUCUUAGAAAAACGAUCAUUAGAAUUAGACAAACAGCCAUCUAUCAACAGUCACAGAGCAGAAAAGAGACGACUUCCAACAUCUCAACCUUCUGUAACCAACCAUACAGAGAAAAGGAUCACAACAGAAAAAGUGCUUUCCUCUCUGGCUCAUGAAGCUGCAAGGGAGACAAUUGGGGCACGAAGGCAGUCCAACUCUGGGUCUAACUCACCAGCUAUGCCCAUGUUUAACUCCACACCAGCACCAUCACUUACUUACAGUCUUGGUCACAUGGGAGCCGGAAGUAAUGCAGCUAUUGCCGCAGCCGCAUCUCAGGCUAUUGCAGCAACACAACAUGUGAUGCAGCAGGGCAGGAGAACUCCUAGUAUGAAAGCUAGCUAUGUGGCAAUGUCACGAACAGCUGACCUUACUAAAGAACUUUCCAUUCCAAAAGAAACAGGUUACAACUCACAACCAUCAACACCCACUUCUAGUCAUGAGCCACCGGCAAAAGUACCUCGACAGAAAAAACAAACUUCCAAAGCAGCUCAGUUACUACAGCAUCAACAACAACAACAGCAACAACAACAACAACAAACAGUUCCUGCACAACAACCCAGUAUACCAACACCUAGUCCCCAACAACAGAUACCUCCCAUCCCCCCACCCUCGCGUCCCCAGCCCAGUCAGCCUGUUAUCAGAGAUCCUGUUCCAGCAGCUGAGGAGGUCAGUACAGAGUUACAGAUUGUGGAUGAGCAUGGUACGCCCAUCGACUGGCAGAAUGAUCCCAACGAGCCUCGUUAUUGCCUUUGUAACCAGGUGUCCUAUGGUGAUAUGGUCGGCUGUGAUAAUGAUGAUUGUCCAAUAGAAUGGUUCCACUACGGAUGUGUGGGUCUGACACAAGCUCCCAAGGGCAAAUGGUACUGCCCCCAGUGUUUAGCGGCAAUGAAAAGACGAGGCCGUAGAUGAUGAACAUGACAAUUUAGACUCAAAACUUACAGAAAUCAAGUACAGAUGGUGUCACCUCCUAAAAUUGAAUUUCUUUAAAUUACAACAAAAAAUACAGAACCAAUACCAAUGUUUUUUCUUGUCUUCACAUCUGUACUCAAAAUGGUGACUUUUGAAAGGUUCAAGAUUUGAAGUUUCAUUUUCAUAUCUGGAAAUUACUGUAAACUACAGUGUUUGUAGGCUUAGGUCUAGUUCUUGUGAAAGCGUGUUGUCAUUUUGAGAAAACAGGGUUAAGUUUGGAAUUGACUGAUGGUUCUUCACUGCUGCCGUUUUGACAAGGGUGUAUUGACGGUAAUGUGUUCUCUACAGAAUGAGCCAGUUCAUUCCUAGUUAUGUGUCCAAACUUACUGUGCAGUACAUUGUUAUUAUCCUCAUCUCCAAUAAUGGUCCAUAUUAUUUUGUCAGAUUUACAAGAAAUUUUGUUGCAGGUAUUGUGACAGAAAAUGAACUGGAUUCACAUUUAUCGCUCUACCUCCAUUUAUUCUCACACUAUUUUAUCUAUAUGUGUAUGUGGGGCAAGAAAGAUAUCCAUAUUUCAGGCAAAAAACAACUGUAUUAUCAAAUUUCACUAAAAAUUUACUUCAUAAACUUUCAUAAAAUUAGGCAGAAACCAUUUCUUAGGAUUAAAGAUCAAAUUUGAAUGGAUUGUGUACAUUACUAUAUAGACAUAUCAGCCUCCUCUGUAUGAAGACAUAGCUGGCUUGUCAAUAAAUCCACCAUACCUACUUACCACAUUGUCUUUGAAUCAGUUCAUUAGUGAAAAUUCUUUUCAUAAACACAGUUGAUAAUUUCUGUCAAAUUUUGUUCAUGAGUGCUUCUUGGAAUGAUACAAUGUUGUCACAUAAUUAAAUUGGGCCCUCUUUCCAACUAUGUAUUGAAAUAUGGCCUUUUGUCUCAAAGAUUUUGAAUGGGAUAUUAAAUAUCAAUCAUGUGCUAUUUCACCUAGAAUUGCUGAAUUUUGUAUGUGAUUACAUCAUAAAAAGAUGACAUAGGCAGAAUUACAUUGCUUUUGCAUGUGUAUACCCCUUUUGAUGCUGGAGUGCCCAUGCUGAACUUUCUGUGAUGCCAGAUUUUGUUCAGAAGUGACUGCCAUCAGAUUAGUAAGAUAAGUAAUUAUCAGUGCUUCAUGCUGAAAUAUUGUACCCCACUAAAUCUAUUUGGUUCGUAUAUACCUCAUAAUACCAUAAUGCCAUGUCCUUAACCUUAUAUUUAGGUGGUCAUUGGUCAAGGCAAUAGGGUCAAAGGUCUCAUUUGACAACUUUUGCCAAUUCAUCAUACACUGAUAUUUAUGUGCAUGUAUGGAUGUUAUAGUAUUUCCAGAGUUGGGCUGCUCGCAAUACUUCGUUUAAAUACAUUAAGUCUUUGAUAGUUCAUCUCUAUAUUAAAGGUUUUCAAAUGAAUUAUGAAAAUUCCUAUACAGAUAUUUAACAUCAAAUUUGAUGUGAGGACUUUAGAUCUAUCUGUGUUAGGCUGUUAUGGUCAAAGGUCAUUGUUAUGGUCAAAGGUGAAGGUCACUCUUAUAUCAUAAACUAUGUUACAGUAUUUAACUGAUACAUUUUUUGAUGCUCAUUCACACAAAUCAUACAAGUUUUUUUUUAUCUUACCAGGAGGAUUCCAGAAUUACUUUUUAGACUAUGAAUUAUUUGUUCAAUUUUUCACUGUACCAUUUUUUCAGACAGCAAAUAUGAGGACCAUUUUUAUGGUUGGCUAUUUCCACUACAUCACUAAAUGGAAACCUCUUUACAAUUUCAUCACCCACAGAAUUUAUGUUUGAUUGAAAAUAUUGAAAGGAGUUUGAAAUACAUGUAUAUAUAUAAGUGGACAUGGUGACAGAGUACAAUGUCUGAUUCUGUGGAUGCAAUCAGCAGUUUUAUGUUUGCUAAAUUGGUGUGGAAAUGUCCCUUUAUGUAAACAUAUCAGAAACACUAGAAAAUUUAGCAAGGUUUCAGAUGGAGAUUUUUUAAAGUUUAAAGAGAAAAAGUUUAAAUUUCACUUUUACAGUAGAAAUUGUAUUGCAGUAUUGUUUUGUUGUGAAUAAUUAAUGUUUGUGUGCAUGUGAGUAUACAUCUCCUUGUUUAUUUGGUUGUUUGUUAAAACACACUCCACUUAAGAUACCUAUUAAUGGAAACAAGACAUGCUUAAUGAGUAUGGAUUAGUUUUAUAUAUGGAAGUAAUAAUGGAAGUACUCUCUGUAUGUAUACAUGUAUACAGUGUGUAUGUGAUCUGUUUAAGAAAUAUACACAGAGGUGGAAACAGCAGUAUCUUGCCUGUUGUAAUUAGUGUGCAAAAGUCAUGCUGAAAAAGUAUGCAUACAGUAGCAAAUAUUUCGACAAGUGUUAUACACUGGCAGAUGUAGUUUAACCACGUCUUUCUUUCAGUGUUUACUGACUUGAUAUUUGGUUGUAGUAAUAUAUAUAUAGGAGAUAUGGUUUCCCUGUAAUCAUUUUGUGGAAAAUAAUUCAGAAUCCAGUAAUUAGAAUUUAUAAACUUCCUAUGUGAUGGUAAGCAUGUAGAUAUGCAAUAUAAAAUUUAAGUAGUUCCUAAGGUCAAGGUCAGUGUUUCUUAAAUUUUAAUCAAGGCUGCAGGAAUAUUAUAAUGAAUGAGAAAAGAACAAUGUCCAUUAUGAUUAGUGAGGAUUGGACACUCUACUUCUUUCCACCUUGAAAGAUUUGAUGUACUUCAUUUUCCAUUUCUCUUUGCAGUUAUGUCCAUUUGAAAAAAUAUUAUUCUGCACUCCUGAUAUAAAAAAAAUGAACUACAAAUAAGUUUAAGAAAAAUAACAUUAAAGAUGAGUAGAUUAAAGGUUAAAAUGCUAGUAAUAUGAUAGUCUAAGCAGAAAAUCGACAGUGGAAAACAAUAGUCUCAGGUUGUUGUGUGCAAUGUAUUGUCAGUUGAGAGUGCUUAUCAUAUCAUAUCAGGUUUUCACCACAUUUACUAGAUAAAAAUGAUGUACAUUACAAAUUGUUGUCAGUCUUAAUGUAGAACCACUUAGCUACAGCCUUACCAGGUUUGUAUCACUCAAA